UAGCAUUAAAGUCGAAGGAAGGGACCCUCACUCUUUCUCUCCGAGUAUGGGGAUUUCUUGGAGGGAGGGGAGAGAGAGGAAGGGAAGGAGGCUCUCUGAAACGCAUGCGCGCCUGUGGGAUCCAAGUGCCUAUAAAUAAGAGAGCGCAAGCGAAAGGGGUAGCGAAUGUGAGCCUGAGUUGUGCUGGAGAAGGAGGCAGGGGGAGUGUGCGAGCAGCUGCCAUCUCCUCCGCCUCUGCUGCCCCGGUCCACUACCUCUCUCCGGAACGUGACUUCUCCUAACGCCCGGGAAAAGGAGGGGCGUAAAUAAAAGGAGCCGAGAGGAGGACCCUAGACUAAAACGUAAGAAGGAGUUGUUCUGGUGGAGGAGAGCUUACUGUGCUCUGCAGGCGAGAGGGAGCUCCCAUCGGCCUGCAGCUGGAGAAAAGAGUGAGCAAGUCUUGGAGCUACUCCCAGCGGCAGCGGCGGCAGCGGCAGCAGCAGCAGCAGCAGCAGCAUCACCCAACGAGCACUAGCAGCAACGGCACCCAAUCAGCACCAGCACCAGCGGCGCGGGAGGCGAAGCAGUUUAGCGAGUCUCUCCCGCCAGGCUAGCUGCAACUAAGACAGCAGGAGGCGGCUGUCGCCACUCUUCUCUCGGAGCCAGUCAAGAGCUGUUCCUGAGGCUGAUCGGCCGGUCUCCGGCUUCUUGGGGAAGGGGGAAGGUGGCAUGUGGGGGAGUGCGCUUCAUCGGUGUCCUUGUGCCGAGUCCCCUGGCAUUUAGCAGCAGCCUUCAAUGGGACACUUUGGACUGCGCCAAGGGAAAGGUUUCCUUUCACCGUGCGAGUUUCGCAUAGUGAACCACGAGAACAAAGUUUGGAAAUGGAGAGGGAGCGAUUGAGGAGCAGCCGCACUCGCUGUUGCACUUGCAUGUAACAAACUCAACCCCCCACCUCCCUACCUCUGUGCACUCUUCUCUCUUUUCUAAACCCCCAACUCCGCUGCACUCUGUUGCCACAAGGGAUAAAACGAGUCCAAUUUCUAUCAUCCCAGGACCUUAUUGCCUGGGUCCCUGGGGAGUUUAGUUAAUUGGCCCAGUGAAGAGGGCGUGGCGCCCCGGGAAAGGAGCCUCCUGUGUGCAUCUGUUGGCUAUUUGGGGGUGCAUCCCUUCAGUGGGAUGCCCUGGAAUUGACGCUUGCUUGGGAACAUCUCUGCGAGCCAUCUCUCCCUGCAAUCGUAGCAGAGACUAUUCAACCGCUCCUCUAACCUGCCCCGGGAGCUUCAGCCCGGGAACCCCCAGGCUUCCACUCUCUCAAACCCACCUACGCUCCAUAGCGACUGUACUCAGCUAGGGCGCUCAAGAAUGUGGGAAUGAUGGCUUAGGAACUGCCCUCUCCUUCAAAUUGCUGAUCACCCAUUCCAUCUCCCCAGAACUGUAGGGGAAAAGAAGGGCGCUGACCGCAUGGGAAGGGGCAGGAGUCACCAGGUCUUCCUUUGACCCACUCCGUGAUUGUUCCCUGUCCUCAGCACAGGGAACUUUGCCAAAACCCCGGUGUCCAGACGCUGACCGAGCUAAGUGUCCCCACGGGGACCCUCCGCCCACUGGAGCCCACGCCCCAAGUGGUGCCAUGUGGGGCGGACGUCUGUGGUCCUCCUCAUCCUCAUCCUCCUCGUCCUCCUCCCCCACCCUUCUGCAGCUGCUGCUGGCGGCACUGCUGGCGGCGGGAGCGCGGGCCAGCGGGGAGUACUGCCACGGCUGGCUGGACGCGCAGGGCGUCUGGCGGAUCGGCUUCCAGUGUCCCGAGCGCUUCGACGGCGGCGAUGCUACCAUCUGCUGUGGCAGCUGCGCCUUGCGCUACUGCUGCUCCAGCGCCGAUGCGCGGCUCGACCAGGGCGGCUGCGACAACGACCGCCAGCAGGGGGGCAAUGAGCCGGGUCGCUCGGACAAAGACAGCCCAGACGGCGCCGCAGUGCCUAUCUAUGUGCCAUUCCUCAUCGUGGGGUCAGUGUUCGUUGCCUUUAUCAUCUUGGGAUCUUUAGUGGCUGCUUGCUGCUGUAGGUGUUUGCGACCUAAGCAGGAACCACAGCAGAGCCGGGCACCUGGAGGUAAUCGAUUGAUGGAAACGAUUCCCAUGAUUCCAAGUGCCAGCACCUCUCGUGGAUCCUCCUCUCGUCAAUCCAGCACUGCUGCCAGCUCCAGUUCCAGUGCCAAUUCGGGUGCCAGAGCUCCUCCUACGAGGUCACAGACCAACUGCUGCUUGCCAGAAGGGACCAUGAAUAAUGUAUAUGUCAACAUGCCAACUAAUUUCUCAGUGUUGAACUGUCAGCAGGCUACCCAGAUUGUGCCCCACCAAGGACAAUAUCUGCACCCCCAGUAUGUGGGCUACACGGUGCAACAUGACUCCAUGCCUAUGACACCUGUGCCACCCUUCCUGGACGGUCUGCAGACUGGGUACAGGCAAAUCCAGUCUCCUUAUCCCCAUGCCAGUAGUGAACAGAAGAUGUAUCCAGCAGUGACUGUAUAAAUUCAUGGACCACAAAACUGGCUUUCAGUACCUAAGAUGAACAGGCAAGAAAUACUUUGGGAAUGAAUCCAUGAACAAUCCAUUUGUAAAGAAUUCUCUAAACAGAAGUCCUUGAAUGUUGAACAGUGGGUUGGUUGUUUUUUUUGUUUGUUUGUUUUUUGUUUUUUUAGUUAUUUUUUCAAUGAGUUCAUUUGUUCCAAACUCAAUGACACUAUCUCUCAAUUAGCAUUUCCAGAUGAUGUUUCAUUCCAGUGCAUGAUUUUUUUAGUGGAAAAAAGGAUUAUGUUGAAGGUGUACUUGCGCUUUUGAUUACUCUGUGUGUGUGUGUGUGUGUAUGUGUGUGUGAGAGAGAGAAAUGCUUGAGCCAAUAAGUGCCCUUUAGGUACAGUAGUCAAAAGAAUUUUGUAAGUUGAUAGAGUAAGGUGGUUUCUUUUUCUUUCUGACUCCUACCCCUCAACUGUACAAGGUCAUGAUAUUUGUUACCUUUCUUUCCCUUGACUAUUUUCUAGACAAUCAAAUUGGCAGUGGAAGACUAAAUAAUGCAAUCAUAAAUGGAAAACCUGUUAUCUACAUGAAACUGUCCAUUGCAUCUCAGCAUUUCCCAGGCAUAUCUUAGUUUCCAUGUAAAAUUAUGUAUUUUCUCUAGUUUUGUGAUUGUGAAAAGCUCCUUUAUUUACAUAGUAAUCUUAUGACAAAAUGGUUUUUUAUGUAUUAAAAAAAUCACCCUUGGUUGGAAUAUGGUCUAGAGGCUUUAAUAAGGAAGACUCUAGGAUUAUUUCAAAUCUUUAAGAAGAUUAAAGCAGGGUGGAAUAGCAAUAAAACCAUGAACUCUCUUCCUGAUUGUAUUUUAAUCUGAUUUUACCAUAGCAUCUAAUAAGGUGCAAGAUUUAGUUGUUCAUCUUAAUUUUUUAUGCUUUCAAUUAAAAAAAAAUAGUUGCUGCCAUUCCAGGUUACUUUUUGUUGUAGAGAGAGAGCUGGAUAUCUCAGCAUUUAAUUCUGCUUGGGUUUUCAGAGGCUGAAUUCCUGGAGCACUUUUCAGCUGUAGAUGAAAAAUAGGGUCAAUAUUUCUGUCCAGCUCUAAAAAGGACACUUUAUUGUUUACAUAGGAACAAUACAGACAAAACGUUUUACAAAUUUACUUAAUAGGCCUCUUCUGCCAUGAUCCAAGGGUUAUGGGGAAAAUUUAAACUAUAGACUUAAGAUGUUUGGCCAGAAUAGGAGUAUCCAGCAGCCAUAGGAGAAUGGGCAAAUAGAGUAUAACCUGGGCAAUGAAACUUCUUUGACAUGACUUACUAUUUUUCCCCUCUGGACAUCAAGGAUUCUUGUCAUAUCAAGAGAAAGGUUUACAUAUGCUAGCUUUAUUUGGUAAUAGGUAGGUGUUUCUUGUUGUUUUCCUCUCUCUUUCAGUCUUUCUACAAGAAGCACUCCAUUCAUUGCACAUAUCCAGAUAAGGACCCCUGCUCUGAUUUAUGAAAUUCAGGUGAAUCUUUUUGUAUGUUGUUUACGUAUCAAAAAAAAGUAAGUUAAGUAUGUGGAAAUUAUUUUAUUAGCUGGUGAAAACAUAAGAUUCUGAUUGUUAAUUGAAGUUUUGUGAAGUGUGGUAUUUUACAUGUUUUCUAUAUGUCAUGGAUAGUGUAAGACUAUGUCAGCAUCUGGUAUGAUUUUUAAAUAUCAAAAAGGAUUCCUAAGAUGUUUUUACAAUUGAAGAAAAACAUAUUGUUUCUUAAUAAAUAUUUUAUGGUGUGGAUUUA